CGGUGAGUCAUAAAUAAUUAACUGCAUUCAGUUAAAAGAUUCUUUGUGCUCUAGCUCUGUUCCUCGAGUGCCGAGUCAUGAAAACUUCACCUUCGCUUCUUGUGGCUCUGCUCACUCUGUGUAUGAUAACAACCGCUCUAUCACUUCAGUGCUACGAGUGUACAAAUGCAACUGGAUUUACUGGAGUAUCAAAGUGCGACAGUGACGAAGUGACGAAGAGAACUUGCGAUGGGCUUGCUAACCGCUGCAUGACAGUGACCUACAACUUUACACUACUGAACUCCCAAAUCAUUGAGACAAAGAACUGUUCCAGCAGCCUCGCUUGUGACCCACAAUUCGAAUUCAGCUGUAAGUAUUUGCUAGCACGACUUUUGUAUCUACUAGUCGUUGUGUAUAACGAUAAUAGCACUCGUAUCUUUUCUCUUUAUGCAGUUCGCGAGCAGUCUCUCUUUUGCUCGAAAAUCGGUGGGGAAGAACGCAAAAGAAGGAUGCAACACAAGUGAGCAAUCGCGAGCCUA